AUGGCACGAACCCUUGAACCGAGUGAGAUGCCACAUCCUCUGCUCAUGCGAAAGAGGUCGAGAAGGCUCGACAGGGUGGAUUCAAGGAUCAGCGUACGAUCGACGAACUCAGCACACGAUCUUGACGUUGCUCGGAUUCGAGCAUCUGCCUGUGGCAGCGCAGAACGAAAGCCAUCGGAGAUUGUUCUCGUCCGCAGCAGGAUGUUCUACGCCCGCUCCUCUCGCAACAAAUCCGGUCGUGUCGAAGUCGGCCUGCCCAGCGUACACGUUCUACCCCGAUCGUCCAGCAAGAAGGAGCUCGACAAAGUCCUUCCUUCAUUCAGCGCAUCUUCCAACUCCCGAUCCUCUCGCAGCAAGUCCCUCCCACCUCGCUCUGUGUUCAACAGCAAGCACGACCUCAGAUCCUCCGAAAUGCGAUUUCACGAACGACGCACCCGGCACUUGGCUAAGUACGUCUUUCCGCGUCACUUUGGCCUUCACAACGUCUUCACCGGCCAGCGAGACUACGAUACCACCACUCAGCCUUUCAGAGACUACACGGUCAGAGAGGUCGAGAUCAAAUUGCUGGGAGCAAAGCGCACACCUAAGGUGCUGAGACCGGUCCUUCCAGUGUUGGCAAAGAUUUUGACCCGGCACGACAAGCUGAAUUACAGAGCAUUGCUGGAGCGCUGUUGUCCGUCCAGGGUACCGAAGGGGAGGCUGACCGCGCAGGAAAGGCAGCAGAUCGUGCAGGAUUUGGCCGAGGUCGAAUCGAUGCAGCAGCCGAGUGUUUGUCAGGAUUUGCCUGUCAAGGCUGUGCAGCAAAAGAAAGGCGAGCGGACGGCGCUGGCGUCUUCCACGCAGAACAACAUUGUCAAGGCGCAAGCCAGCUCAGCGGGUGAGAAAGAUUCGGUGAAGGCGACGUUCGAGCUGGCGCCACCAGCUCCUCGUAAGCCUCGCUAUACCAACUACGCCGUGCCCACCACCGGUCAAGUGGUACAUUUCAUCACACUAGCCAUCAAAUCUCUGCUCCCACGCGAUCUAUUCGGCUCGCUGCACAACCAAAAGCUGGUCCUCGCAACCAUCGGAGACUUUGUGCGACUUCGACGCUACGAAACCUUCAACCUGCACCAGAUCGCGCAAUCCUUCCGAUUCACAGACGUCGACUGGGCCUUACCUCCCAGUGCGGUGAAAUGCAAUCGCCGCCUGACACGUCAAGAAUCAGAGUCUCGGAAGAAGCUCGUCCUCGAAUUGCUGUAUUGGCUCUUUGACGGACUGGUGAUCCCGCUUCUUCGCACCACCUUCUACAUCACCGAGACUGCCGCGUAUCGAAACAAAGUCUUGUACUUUCGUCAGGACGACUGGCACGUUCUCUCACGACCUGUACUGGGUCAGCUGAAGGAGUCGAUCUUUGAACCGCUGACCAGAGCCGAAGCGCUGUCGAUGAUGUCUUCGCGCAAAUUGGGGUAUUCGCACGUAAGACUCUUGCCAAAGGAGACGGGAGUCAGGCCGAUCGUAAACCUCAGACGUCGUAGUACGAAACAGGUCCAUACGGAUCAGCAGGGUGCAUCGCAGGAGGCGAGUGGGAAGGCGAAGAAGCUGAAGUCGAGCGCUGCGCUGGCAAAGCAGAGGAAGGAAUCGCUGAUAUUGGGACAGUCGAUCAACUAUAUCUUGCAGUCGGUGUUUCACGUGUUGACGUAUGAAAAGGGUCGGAUGCUGAGCAGUGGAGGUGAUGACGAAGGUCAUAGCAGGGAUUGGAGGGACGAGGAGGACGUUGGUAUCGAUAUGCUUUCGAGCUCGGUGUUUGGGCCCAACGAAAUCUACACACGGCUGAAGACGUUCAAGCAGCGGUUGACGCAGGACCAGCCCGGAAAGAAGCUGUACUUUAUCAAAGUCGAUGUGAGGUGCGCGUUCGACUCUAUCGAUCAGGGCAAGUUGCUCGAGAUCAUCGAAAAGAUCCUUUGCAAGGUUGGGACCGACGAAGCAGAAGGAUAUCGUAUUCAUCGGUUUGCAAAAGUCAUGCCUUCCUCUACGAUUCACGAUGCCAAGACCCAACAACCAACCACUGGUCCUUCGAAAGCGACCAAAAGGGAAUUCGUGCGGCUGGCACGACCCGACACGGAACACAUUGACUUUUUCUCCCUCGCCUCGUCCCUCGCCGUCGCCCUCCAUGACGUGGUCUUUAUCGACUCUGUCACCUACCGAUACGAGUCCACCUCGCUCAUUCUCAAACUUUUGCGUCAGCACAUCACGGAGAAUCUCAUCAAGAUCGGACGCGAGUUCUACCGACAACGAGUGGGCAUCCCCCAAGGGUCGAGUCUGUCCACCCUGCUGUGCAGCUUCUUCUAUGCCGAUAUGGAGUCACGAGACCCCUUUUUGAGCAGUCUACGCUCGGAUUCUCGAAGGAAUAUGUUGAUGCGAUACACGGACGACUUCCUCCUGGUGACGACGAGCAAGAGAACCGCGAAGAAAUUCUACCAAGUGAUGCGCAAAGGUCACCCCGAAUACGGAUGUUUCAUCAGCCCCGAAAAGACUCUCGCGAACUUCGAUCUCGUCGACCCGGACACUUCCACCACUCCGCUCAUCCCACGCAUCUACACCACCGAAUUUCCAUGGUGCGGUCUCACCAUGAACACCAAAACCCUCUCGGUAUCCACCGAUCUCACCCGGUAUAAAGGUCUCGACAUGCGCGACACUUUGACGGUGGAAUACAGUCGAAAACCCGGUCUCGCUCUGGUGGAGAAGAUGAUCCAAUCCGUAAAAUCACGCUGUCACAUCCUGUUCACAGACACGGCGUUGAACGGGGAUCGGAAAGUGUACGGAAACGUCUACUCGUGUUUCCUGGUGGCAGCGGUGAAGUUCGAAGCGUAUCUGUGGGAGCUGAAACGGUUCAGGGUGAGAUUUGAAGCGGAGUUUCUGUGGAGAGCGAUACAGAAGCUGGUGGGAUUUACGGGAAGAUACAUUGGGAGCAGAGCUGGGAGUGCGAAGGCGAAGUUUCAGGCGAAAGGUGAAAAGGGUGGAGGAGGCAGGAAGAGGAGAAGGAGUGGGAGGUGGAAGGUCAGCUGUACGGUGAGACCGCAUUACGUGCAUUGGCUGGGAUACGCAGCGUUCUUGACGGUGCUCAAUAGGUGGGGUAGUGGCAAGCCUCGUGGUUUGGACAGAGAGACAAGACAGGCGUUGGUGUGGAUGAUCGAGACGUGUACGAGACAGCCUUCGUUCUCCGUUGCGCGGACCAGACUUGCUUCGGUGGCUGCGAGGACAUUGAGAGAGGCACAAGAGUCGUUGUCCAUCUGA